UGUCCAUGUCAGCGUACAGCCUUUUCACCCACUCCUGAACGGUUUUGUGUCUGUGGCCAGUCAGAACCACAGCUCCAGGAUGAAAAAUGGAAGAGAACACCUGUAACACACGUGCGCAGUCAGGCGGAGUAGAGCUUUAACACCAGUGUGUCACAGGUCAUGUCCUGCCGGUUCUCCCGUAACGUCGCUCUCGACGCAGGAUGACGUCAUCGGGGCGUGUGCGGAGUGACGGAGAGAGAGGGUUCCCAGGAGAAACGAUAACGUGUGUGAGAUCUGUCUCUCUGAACACUGAGAUCUCCAUGGAGGACAUCGAGGUUCUUCACACACACAUCAUUGAGCUGAAGGAAGAGGUGGCAGAGCUCCAGUGCGAAUCAGUAGCACAUCACCUGAAAGUUGAGUUGCAGGAACAGAUUCCUGAAUUGAAGCCUGAUGUGAAUUUGAUCCCAACCUCGCGGCAGCAGGAGGAUUUUACACUGAAAGAGGAGUUCUGUACAACAUUCGAGUGUAAAACUGAACCUCAUCACACACACGGCCGCCAUGAAGACUUAAACACACUUACACAGGUGCAGGACAGUUGGCUUGCUUUUAAAACCGAACCUGAGCCGAUGGGAAUCUCACACACUCGCGCUGAGAUGUGUUCAGAGUGGAGCGAUUGUGAGAACUUGGACAUCACACUCCCACUGGGUCUGAAGAAGGAGGAAUGUGAAGAUACCUGGUGGAGAAUGACAUCAGCGGGGCGUGUGCUAUGGAGUGACGGAGAGAGAGGCUUCCCAGGAGAAACGAUGAGAUCUGUCUGUCUGAACACUGAGCUCUCCAUGGAGGACAUCGAGCUUCUCCACACACACAUCACUGAGCUGAAGGAAAAGGUGGCAGAGCUCCAGUGCAAAUCAGUAGCACAUCACCUGAAAUUUGAGCAGGCAGCGCCGUACCCUGAAUCAAAGCCUGAGCUGAAUCUGAUCCCGACCUCGCAGCAGCAGGAGGAUUUAACACUAAAACAGGAAUUCGAGUGUAACACUGACGCUCAUUACACACACGGCCACCAUGAAGACCUACACACACUCACACAGGUGCAGCACUGUCGGGUUGCUUUUAAAACCAAACCCAUAGAAAUCUCACACACUACACACACACGCGGUGAUGAAGACACACUACGCAGUCGUGUUAAGCCGUGUUCAGUGCAGCUGGAGGAUUACAGGAGGAAAGGCAUCACACAUCAGACUGAAGGACAGAGUCAGAAGAAGACAGAAGAUAAGGAUGACGAAGACGACGAUGAUGAGGAUGAAGAUUAUGAGGAUGAAGAUGAUGAAGACGGCAUUUAUGAUCCAGCUGAUACGAGGAGAACAUCUAGCAAAACAAAAGUAAGAAACCCAAAAGCUAAGGACUUGAAGCCGGUCCGGCUCCCUGAGAGGCCGUUCUGCUGCUCCACCUGCGACAAGACCUUCACUAUCGAGUUCAACCUCCUCAGACACAAGCAGCUCCACGUGGGCAAGAAACCGUUUGGCUGCACUCGCUGCGGGAAAACCUUCGCGCAGCUCUUUAACCUGAGGUCUCACCGGAGAACACACACCGGGGAAAAACCAUUCCUGUGCAGCCAGUGUGGAAAAGCCUUCUCUCAAGCGUCCAAGCUGAAAACCCACUUCAGGAUCCACACCGGAGAAAAACCCUAUGUCUGCGCGACCUGCGGGAAACGCUUCUCCGAUUCGUCCACGCUUAAUAAGCACCAGAGGACACACACAGGAGAGAGACCGUACCAGUGUGAGAUGUGCGGGAAGAGCUUCGGGCAAUCCGCUCACCUCACAAAGCAUUACAGGUCGCAUAAUCGCCAAUCCAAAUCAUCAUGUCGUCGCAAAGCGUCAUCGUCAUCAUAG